AUGAUCUUUUUUUCCUUUUGGAUUGGAGCCUUGAUUGUUUGGAUGAUGUAUUUGUGCAUCAAAUCGAUUAUGAAGAGCGAUGAAGGAACUCCUCCACCACAGCUGAGCGAUGUGGAAUCACAGUUGAGCGAUGUGGAGUUGAGUGGGUCAAACAAGAGAAGAAAAUGA